GAUACAAGACGUUCGCAAGUAUUCAGCUGCAUCAACUGAACUGAAUUAUGAAGCUGCACUUGCCGAUACUGUUUGGACUCCUGGGACUGACCAUGGUUCAUUGCCAAAUUCUCCUCCCGGGGCUUCGACAUCGUCAGAUUCCCGUGCUUGAUAGAGGCCAAAUUAGAGUGGUGCAGUAUCUGGACGCCGCCUCCACAGUUACACCCGAGGUGGUGAGGGAUCAAUUCAGUAGACGAUUUACUACGCUGGCCAAACCUCUAAUAAAUGGAGCUGCCCCCCAAACCAGUCUCCCAAACUUGUAAUCAACAGUCUAUCACUGAAAGUCAUCUUGUUAUAGCUUUAAUAAAAAAUAAAGCUUUUAAGAUUCAUGCGUACCUUUAAACCCGCUUUCACAAAUAGGUUUCAUUUAUUCUACACUGAGGAAUAAAACAUGGUCAGCUUAAAAAUAUUUCUUAGCCUAAGAACGAAAAAAAAAAAUAAAAUAGGUGUUCUUAACUUUAAAUAAAUGUCGAUAUGCAACGUGGCCUAGCGCUAUUUAAACAUAUUUUUAGUCAGGUAAAAUGUUCUUAAAUUACAACAAAAACAAUAUUUAUAUAUUAAGAAAGUGUA